CACACACACACUCGCAAGCACGCAUGUGGCGGUGACGCUGAGUCGGAAUCGGGAUUAUUUUGUGAUCUGAUCGCAGUGCAUUGCGUACUUGUGUGUGGCUGACGAACUUCAUGGCAACUGGAAGAUGAAUCCGUCGUGGAACUGAUUCACCCGUAGUUUUGACCACAGCUCGCAGUCAGAAAAAGUGCGGAAAGCAAAGCCAACAUGUUUUGAUGCUGCUCUUCGCAUCGCAACGCAUCUCGUGUUUGUUUGUGUGGGGGUGCGGCAAAAGGCGCUAAGCCAACAACAACAAUCGUGAAUACACCGUUUCUGUGAUAGAAAGUCUGUUUGCAAAAACAUGACUUACGAACUGCCCCCCAUCAUAUUGAAAGGCAAAGAACUGAUCAAAUACCGGCACCUCAAGCGAAAAUACCCCGUGUCCAAGGGCUUCCUGCAGAGCAACUGGUGGAACGUCGAGAGGUUCAUAGUGUACGCCCUCAGUCCCCGCUGCGUCAUCAGAAACUAUGCCUGGCGCAAGCGGCGCACCCACCGCGUCCGCAUCAUCCGGCGAGUCCGUAUUCUGCUCUUCGAUCCGCGUCUCAAGCGGAUGAUCAAACGCCGUCUGCAGAACGUGCGCCAGUGGUCCAGAAGCCUAGUUGGUUACUACAAGAAGAUGGGCAGAAUCGUAGAGCAUGAAGAGACGGAGGUGUACCGCGUGGCAGAACCUCUGGGAGCCGAGGAGCUGUCCAAGCAGAUGAAGCAGCAACUGGAGUUGCUCAAAACGGGCAAGAGAAGUCUGUCGCUCAUUGAAGAAACAACUGCCAUUGCGGAGGUGCCGCCUAAGAAGCCUAAGCAGAUGCCCGAUAUCACCGAGGAAGCCAGGGUCAUUAAUGAUAGCGAUGAUCGCCUGGAUGCAGCGCCCUCCAAGGAGGCUGCCGAAAGGACACCCACAAAGUCGCCCGCUCAAUUUGCCGUCUCCGAGGAUGUUCCAACCCCGGCCACGCCCAGCAAGGAGCAAAGUGGCCAGACCAGCACUUGCUCCAGUGCCGAGAAGACAGACAAAACGGAAAAGGCCGGCGGCGGCAGUAAGUUCCUGGACAUGCUCAUCAGUAAGGUGCGCGUUAAGAACUUUGCGCGUGAGGACAACAUGCCCACUGAACCAAGUGCGGUCACAUUUUGCACAUCCGAGGACGAGGGUAGCGAAGACUUCGUGGGCUUCGACGAGAGCGUUCAUCAGCCGGGCAUGCUGCUCACGCCGCUGGUGCCGAACAAAUGCAAGACCACGGAGGGUAACUCCGCCUUUGUCAGCGAGUCCCUGGAUGCCUACAUGCGGGAGCAUCAUAUCAAUGACUCGGAUUCGCAGCAGGACGACAAGGACAAGUUGCUCGAGCCCAUGGGACACGAUGGUCAGGUCACUUCGCACAGCAUGCCGCCACCGAUGGACAUGCCAGCCGUCCCGGAGGCACUGCAGCGUCUGAGGACGGUGGCGGAGAGGCGGCAGUACUUGCAGCGUUGCAAGAACCACAAGAUGGGAAUCAUUAACAACGAAGCCAAUGUAUACAGAGAGCUGCAGCGGAAGCAGCGCCAGCGAAAGGUGAAAAUCGGUGCCAUGCAAGCGCUUCAGGCUUCCGACUCCCAAAUGCCAUUUACCCGCCAAGGUUGGCAGGCGGCCAGUUAUGUGGCCACCGAGCACUCCAACUACUACUAUCAGGUAAUACAAGUGGACGGUGAGAUGGUGCGCCUGCCAGGCGCCCAGGGCAAUAAUUUGAAGCGCGAGAAGUCUCCAUACAUCAGCAGACUCAGUCGCAAGGAAGCGGAGGAACUGAAGUGCAGCAGCCAGUGUUUGGAUGCCCGCAUUCCUCAGGAACUGAAAGUGAUUCCCACAAGAGUGAGCCCACCAAGGAACCCCAAGAUCCUCAACCAGUAUCCGCUGCCCGCCAUCUUCCGCCCCUGUCCAUUAUCCAAGAAACCGCUGCAGAGGCCGCUGGACGAUGACACGGCCGCGUUGCUUCUCGCUGGGGGCAGCAUGGCCGUGGUGAGCAUGCCAAAUGUGCAGCUUGAUGUGAUGCCGCAGCUGGGCCGACCACUGGACGAAAUCGCCAAGCGGUAUCUGCAGCACAUACUUCCCCAUCACGACAUAACGCGGGAGUGGGCCGAGUUUAGUGUGUCUACGCUGCAGGCGCCGCCCGCCAGCAUGAAGGAUGCAGAGGAGCAGGCUUCCCAAACACCAGCUGGUCGUCGAAAGAGCUUCACCUUCUUUAUUCCCUAUCUCAACGAUCGGAAUCACAUUCUCGUACGCCGCGUGGUGGACCGAUCCGAGCACCUAGACAAAAGCUUUAGAGAGGAGCCCAAUAAGCUCCAAGAGUUCGCUUUCCGAGAAAUGCUUCCACCUCAGCCGGAUGCCGAGAUUCUGGCCUGCGCAGACAUGAUCAACGAUAUGAUCAACACUGUGGCCAUCAGCUGCAGCGAGAACAGUUUCAUAAGCGAGGACCCGGAUGCGUUAGGUGAUAGCUCGUUGCCCAGGUCCUCCGAUCCGAGUCCCGCGAAGGAGGAGGCUGGCAAGGAUACGGAUAAGUCCGGCGCCAAGCCAAAGCGACUGCCCAACAAGCAAAAGCGUCUGGCCAACGAACUAAGGCGAUUAAAUGCCACCAUCAUAGACGCUGCUGCCAGAAAAGCAGAUGCUAACAAACCUUGCAGUAAGGAUCACUGUCAGCUGGGCUGCCUAUGCGCCAGCUUGGCAGGUACAGAGCUACCUGUGCGGGAUCACUGCGGCAGGGCAGAGUGUGUUCUGGAUUGCCGUUGCCUGAGUGCAGAGCAGGGUCGUGUCAUGCGCGUGGAAGCCGCAGAUGGGCGCGGAAUUUCCAACGAAGAUGCUUUCAACCUGCGCCGUAAGGCCACAGCACGACUGGCCAAGAUGGAGAAGGACUUUACCUCUACACUGGUGCUCACCGACAAUGAAACGCUGCUGAUCAAUGAGUCGCAGGGCGACAAGAAGCGACGCUGCACAAAGGCGCCGAAGCGCUAUGAAGACUUCGAUGACUCCAUGUUCGACGAGGAGGAAAAGGAAGUGGUAUCGCCCACAAGCAAGAAACAAAAGAAGAUCGCCGCUGCUGCUGCGGCUGCCGCUGCGGCUGCUGCUGCAGCGGCCGCUGCCAGUGCAAAGGUAUCGGCUCCUGCUCUAAGCGAGCCGUGCUAUGUGAAGGACACGGACCUGGCCAAGUUGAGGCAUUGCUUUGUGGGACUACGACGGUUGUCGAAUGUAGACAACUUGGCCACGUUCUGCAUGACCCACCAGCUUUAUAAGUGCUUCUGUGGCGGUGACUCUCCAGAUGGCAAGCCUGUUGUAAUCGAAAAGGAACAGUGGAACGCACCAGUGACCCACUUUAAUCCGGAUCUAGCUGUCAGGGCUCACUACAGCUUCGAGCGUCCGCCGGAGGAGUCUUCGACCAAGAAGAAAGGAAAGGAAAGAAAGCCCAAACCUAAGCAGGAGCCAAAAACGAUCGAAGAGGAUCCGAAUCCGCAGACUCAAGCAGCGGAGACCUCUCCGGAAAAGACUGAAUUUAAACAAGAACCGAAACCAGCUGAUUCCCUGUUCAAGGAUGAGACUCCUAUGCAAAGGUCAAUGGAGUUGGAUGCGAUUUUCAACUACUUCCGUAGGCGUCAAUAUCUUUGCCGGCGAGCCGUUUCCAUUCCCAUGAGCUCUUACCAGCGCUUAAACCAAAGACGGGCAGAUCGUGUGCGACACCAAAUAGCUCGCCAGGAGACUGCAGAGACGGCUGAGCUGCUUAGGAUGCGCAUUCAGAGUGCCGUCAUUUACUAUCGCAAGGAAAUCGAUCGGCAACGAAAGCGGGAGCUGACCAAAAAGCCUGUCCAAACUUCUGUCAUAGAAGUGCGGAACGACUCCGAUGCCAGCGAUGCUAGCGUGUGCCAAAAGAAGAGUGAAAGCCCCAUCAAGGGGCCGACUCCUGGCAAGCGCAUUAAACUGCAAACGGAAGAGCCUCCUGCUCAAGAGAAGGCGGCCCAUAAGCUGGACAUUCAAGUGCCCCGCAUAGCCGCUUGCUAUUCCCUCAAUGCCGCUUCGGUGGACGUUCUUGCUUCUGAAAUGGCAAACGAAGCAGCUGCGGCUGCUGCAGCCACGGGAUCGUCACAUAGUUCCACGGAAGUGGACUCCCCCAAUUUCCGGUCCUUCUACAACGAGGUGGUGAAGAACAUGAAUACCCUGGUAAGCAAAAAGAUGCAGGAUAUUGACCUGGCGCUGCAGCGUGAGAGCAAAAUAAUCCCGUCGCCCAACGAGGAGAUUCUUUGCAUUAUCAAGUGGACGAAUUUUCUCGCUGCCUUUGAAUCUGGUUUCGUAUUUAUUUGGGACGUUCAAAUGAAGACUCACAGCUUUCUGGCGGCAACCACGACCAAUUUGAUGCCCUCUGUGUGCGGCGCCAUCGGAGUUGUAAACACCAAGUUUGCACCCGAUCCCCAGGCGCUGCCCUUGAUGGCUCGAAUGCUAAUGAAUUCCACUCGGAAUGAAAACACCAACCGUCUCGCAGUUGUGAUGCAGGGCAGGCAGAGUUUCUGGCUAGUGAAGGGUUUUCUGCGACAUAUGGAAGGCAAUGCCUGCACAAAACCGACGCCGAUGACUCAUCCGCUGCUCACCAAGAAGAUCAAUGUGCUGUGCUCGCUGCUGGUGAAGCAGCGCAUCCGGGAACACCAGAAGAAGCUGCUAGGUGGCGGCAGUUUAUCUUCUGAAGCCUUGAGCAGUCCGACAGCAGAUGUUCCGCCUCCAACUUCUCUACUUAUGAAGCACCGCUCACGGGACCUUAAGCGAAAGUCUCAGGGCGAUGAAUCGUCAUUAAGUGCGCCUUCAAUGGCAAAGUCUUCCAAACCAGCUGCUGCAGGUGGUCCUGAAACUGCGACAACGUCUACAGCGUUAGCUUCUGCUUUAAGCCCUGGCACUUCUACGCAUUCUGCCGGAUCUGCCAAGACUAGCCCAGUCUCUACUAAAAGCAAAAGCAGCGCCUCUGGAAUCCGGAGCAAUAUCGAGUUCAGAAAGGUUAACCACAACGAUGUCGAUGAAUUGCAAAUUCCCGAGCUGCACAAGACAGACCACCGUUGGGUGGUGCUGGACAUCUUCGAUGACUUUUCUCACAUCUUCGUGCCCUCCUUUAGUGAUAUGAUCUCGCUGACCAGGAUUCACAGCGUGAUGCAGGUGGCCGAGGAGAGGCAGAAGGUGGUGAAGCUUCAGUUCUUUCCCAAUGCGCCGUACGAUGCCUUCGUGACGCCGUCGUCCAAGAAGAAGAUCUAUUUUGGACCGCUGAGCCUGGACAUGCCGCCGCCGGUCCUGGUGCUACUGCAGAGCGUCGAUCGGAAAAUGAUGUUGCGCGAGGUUUACCAGCGCGAGCACUCCAUUCCCGUACAGCGCCAUCGCCGAAGCAUGGCGUUCUGGGUGCUGCACAUAAACGGACAAGUGCACUUCGAGAUCGACACAGAGUCGACUGCAAAGCUGGCAGCGCAACACACAAAUUCCACCGCAACUUCUGGUCUAAAUGUGGUCAAAAUUCCGUCACAGCUGUCCGUGGAAAUAGAAAAGAGUCAAGAAGAGGUGCCACCGGUGGUGAUCAUCGAUAGUGAUGAGGAAGAUGAUGACGCGGAGAGACAACUGGUAAUCGAUGAGCAGGAUGAUCAGCUGGCAGUGGCGGACAUUAAGGAAGUGGAGCGCACAGGCUUCACCAUACAAACAUUGCCUUCUAGUGGCGCUCUGCAAAUAACGAUCUCAGAUUCAGCAGAACCAUCCCUACGACCUGCCAAAGAUGUGGCCGCCAGCCACUUGAGUGGUGGCUUCAUGCCGUUCAUUGCAAACGUGCCCGCAAAGAUCGGGGAAACGCCUCCCACCACCCAAUACCUGACACCCCAGGUGCAGGUAACCACGUCGCAAGGUGAUCCCGAAACGGUCACAACCAGUUCCUCUACACACUUGCAAGCAGCUAAGACAGCAUACACCAAGAUCAACGAGUCACUGCAGGAGCUACUGAGCAGUGGAAACACUUUGACUCCUGGAGGUAUCACGAUCACCAAGUUGGAUAGCAAUGAGAAGACUUUACCACGCGAAUCCGUCCAGAGUGCCAGCAACAACAAGCGCAUCUCCAUUACCGGGAUACAUAAACAAGUAACCAAGGCUUCACCUUCAACGGCCACAGUUCCGGCAGCCCGAGCGCCCGUAAUCAGACCUCAAUCGGCUCCCGUUUCCAAAGGUCUACCCUUAUUACGAACCGGUGCAACGGGACCGAGCAAUGUGGUCAGGCUUUAUCCAAAACCAGCCACAGCUGCCGGUCGGAAAUCCCUGCCGGUGAAUGCUAAACCGUCAGUAGUGACAGCACGUCAAUCCCUCCCAGUCGAGACGCCUGCAGCAUCAGCCAAAUUGCCUACGGUGGGUGAGCCAUCCGCUCGUGUGUCGCUGCCCUCAAAGCCUCCAGCUGCUGGGGAGCACCUGCCACCACGACAAUCUCUGCCAGCACAUCCUCCCGCAGCAGCGCGUCCGGAGGCGGUUGCAGCUCCUGGCCAAAACCUCACCAACGUAUCCACAGCUCAGCUGGCACAAGAAGAGACCUGCUACGGCAUCAUGGUCGCGAAGGGCUUGCCGCGCUUCCGCGCCAAGGUGCAGGGCUCGCACUUCAUGGUCAAGAUACCUGAACAUGGCGUGUUUCGCUUCAAAACAUUCGGAUUAACUGCCAGUUUCCUCAGUCGCCAUGUGGCGAAGGAUCCCAAACUCAAGGAGUUUUUACCGGCCCAGUGGAAGUUCCAUGCCUUGGAGCAGGUCAAUAAACAGGUGCCAUCUAGGAAUCAGCAGUCGCCUGCUGCCAUCGUAAUCGAAGAUUGAGCGGUUUUUCAUCACAUUUUUCGAAUACGUAUACAUAUUAAAUAUGUAAACUGUUUAGUUAUAGACUAUUUUGUUAUUAUGAUUACUAUUAUUAUUAUUAUCAUCAUAAACGAUCAGUUACUUUAA